UGUUGUUGGGGCGCUCAUCUCUUUUUUUUCAUACUAACUGCCCUGGGAGUCAGGUGGCUGAUUGUGACUGGUAGCCACCGUAGUAGCAAAAGCAGAAGCAACAUUUCCCGUUUACCAUCUUCCUUCUGGGCCCAUUCAAGAGUUCACCAGGCAUGGAUGCAGUGACUGUGUACCAUGGCAAAAUCAGCAGGGAGACCGGGGAGAAGCUCUUGCUCGCUACCGGGCUGGAUGGAAGCUAUCUGCUAAGAGACAGCGAGAGUGUUCCUGGCGUGUACUGCCUGUGUGUUUUGUAUCAAGGUUACAUCUAUACAUAUCGAGUGUCGCAGACAGAAACAGGUUCUUGGAGUGCUGAGACAGCACCCGGGGUACAUAAAAGAUUUUUCCGGAAAAUAAAAAAUCUCAUUUCAGCAUUUCAGAAGCCAGAUCAAGGCAUUGUAAUACCUCUGCAGUAUCCAGUUGAGAAGUCCUCGGCUAGGAGUACACAAGGGAGAAGUGAUUCUGAUGUCUGCCUGAAAGCACCAUGAAGAAGAAUAACACACCCUGUCCGUUAUUUUCAAUAAUUUAAGUACAUGCCAAGUCUUGUAUAUUGUAGAUAAUACAGUUCAGUGAACUGCAAAUGCCUUUUAACCACCACUCUAGUCCUGUAAUAGGAGCAUCUCGCCCACGUCAAAGCUGAAAGCAGACGUUGUAGAUAACAAGUGCUUUAAAGUGAGGAUUGGGAAACAGAAUCCCUUAGAGUAUUUUUACUUCCUGUAUUUACAAAUAGGAAACAGUUUAAAGCACAGUGAAGACCUUACAAAAGAUUAAUGUCAAUUCUUGCCACAUGUAAAUAAAAAUAAUCAUUUUUUUUUGUCAAAAGCAGCAUUUCUGUAAAGUAUUUGAUAGCUACUGAUUUUCAAGUGUCUUGCUUGAUUUCAUGGUAGGAAGGUUGGUGUACAGAUCUCAAGUAAUUGUGGUGCCUUAGGCUUCUUUGGGAUUUAUGAAGUUGUGUAUGAAAAGAAGUACUAGAUAAAGAGAAAAGCAUAUUUGUUGAAAUUUGAAAUCGACCUUCUUGCCUAGAGUUCUUCUGUCAAGACAGUUAAAUCUUUGGACCAGUGGGGUGUGGUAGUGCAUACUUUUCAUUCCAACACUUGAGAGGUUGGGGCAGGGCGAUCAAGAGCUUAAUAUCAUUUGGCUACAGGACACACUGCUUCAAAAUCUAAACAAAACCCAGAGGCCAAACCAGUUUACAAGCCUAUGAUUUCAAAUAGGCUCUGUAAGUUUAUUGUAUUUGAUGCUACAGGUUUUGAGAUUAUGUUAGAGAUUCGAUGAAAUGAUGAAAUAAGAUAGAUUUUUAUUUUCAUGUAUUGCUGCCCUAGUUGUUUUUACUACACACAGAAAUUUAUUUGGAAGGGGACCUUCAGUAGCUGCAUCUCAUGAUCAACUGAUUUGUAAUUAGGGAACCCUACAAAGGCUUGUGGUUUCAUUAAUUUUCAGCAAUUCUGAGUCAUUGAAACCUAAGUCAGAGUUGGAUUGUGGGCAGUGUUUUCUUCUCACAUUUGUAUUUUCAUGGCUUUUGUGAUUGAUAGCAUGCCAGGUUGCUUCAGGGCUCACAGAAUUCAUUCACUCAACCAACAUAAUAGGGCAGAGAAGUAAAAACACCUGUUUCUUGCCUUCAGGCAGUUCAGUGUACAUUUGGACAGGAAAACAGUAACAGUAAAAACAAUAAAAAGAAUUUUAGAGACAACAAUGACUAUAAAAGUUGAUAAAUAUGUAAGUGGAGUUCCCAAUAUGUAGGUAGAUUUGUACUUAGUGGUACGAUAAAUCAGCACAAAUACUCUGGUCCAUACUAAUACAUUAGAAGUCUCGUGUUGUGAGCUUGGUUAAUAAUGAGUGAGCUGCUGACAGAGCUACUUUGUGUGUACUUAACAUUUAACAUGGAUGCUUUGAGCAUGCAAGGAUGGAGUAUGGUGACGGCAAUGCAUUAUGGGCAGCUCGCUAUUUGUUGAAAUAACAGCAUCACUAACUUUAAGUAAAUUAAAAAGCCUACUUUCAAGAUAAAACAAAACACAUAUGUUUAAAUACUUUUUUUAGAUAGGGUGU